AUCGUUUCCUUGGUACUAUGUGAAAACGCGUUUUUCCACAGAUCUGGCAACCUGCGUACCGGUCAGUUGACGCUACGCAGACUCAAAAAUCAUGGCGGACGAAGUAGAGCAGCAACCAACUACCAACACAGUUGAGGAGCCCCUCGAUCUGAUCAGACUCAGUCUCGAUGAGCGGAUCUACGUCAAGAUGAGGAACGACCGGGAGCUUCGCGGCCGACUGCAUGCCUACGAUCAGCACCUGAACAUGAUCCUGGGUGAUGUGGAGGAGACGGUGACGACGGUGGAGAUCGACGAGGAGACUUAUGAAGAACUUUACAAGUCGACCAAGAGGAACAUCCCCAUGCUGUUCGUCAGAGGAGACGGCGUCGUCCUCGUAGCUCCGCCCCUUAGGGUGGGUUAAACUCCGACCACUGUGAAGAAGGGUUUGUGCCAGCGGGGAAGUUUCAGAUCCAAGGGAUUGGGUUUUCAUCCCACUAAGUUCAGACUUUAGCCAACAUCGUCCUGUAAUUUGACAGUGAAGUUUCAAAAACAUGUUUUGAGUAAAGGAAAGAAACGAGGUCUUUUUGGAAAGACAGACGUGUUAUUUUUUCUUUUAAUUUGGGCAAACUGAUUGAUUUUGGGAUUAUGGCGAAAUCAGGCCACGUUUGAGUUCCAUUUCUCUGCAUAUUCUGAAUAUUUCAACCCGUGUUUUUCAGUGCAGCCAUUAAUUAUUCCCCACAGUUUGAAAUGUGAGGCCACGAAAUUGAAAACCAAAUUUUACUGGAUUACCCUUUGGUCCCCGUCACAGCUGAACUGCUUCAGAUCUCUGUAAGAUAUGUAACCAUGUCUCGGCCUGAUGUGAGUGGACUAAAGAACCAUUAUGUAUGAGGGGGGGUUUGUGUGAGUAUGGAUUUUGAAAUUCCUCAUUUAACUAUGUUGGUUCCCUGGAACAAAAAUCUCAGAGUUACUCCAAACCUGUUGAUCUGUUAAUGUUGAGAUUGUGUUGGAUGGUUUUAGUUGAGUCUUUUUUAUAUGUAUUUUUUUAGAAUUUUUUUGUGGAACUUGGGAGUAAAUCCUGCUCAGAUGUGUAAACAUUGGUUUUCAUUUGGUUGAAAUAAAAAAAGGUAAUUGCAGAAAGAA